AUGAUCAACGCCCGCAUCAUGGGCCCCAAGUUCUAUCGGUUCCAGAUGGAUUGGGACGUCCGCUUCGAGGUCGCCAACGACGCCGAGUUCCGCAGGUCGCUCAAGAAGCAACAGAAGGAGGGGCGCGCCCAGGGCAUCCGUAUGCGUCCUAUCGAGACGAUCAUGUCGCGCGGCGGCUGCUUCGGUCUCGCUCUCGUCGAGGCGGGCAAGCGUUUGGUCGUGACGGGGCACAUCAAGGAUCCAAGUGGCGCCACGCCGGGCGAGGUCGUCGAUUGGAUGAACGACCUCGUCGCGCGCUCUCGCGAGGCGCUUCCGCCGCCGGCCGACACCGCGGCCCGCGACUUCUUUCGCCGCGAAGUCAUCGUCUGCGACGGCGUCGAGAUCGGCUACGACGCCUUCGCGGCCUGCCACGAGGGCGCCCGCGUGACGCUCCGCGGUCUCUCCGCCGCGGAGCUGAACGGCGAGACGGGCUCCGUCGUGAAAGCCGUCGACGCGCGCACGGGCCGCGCCAUGGUCAAACUCCAUUCCGGACAGCGCGUCGUGGCCGUCAAGGUGGGGAACCUCACCGUGACGAGGCCGAACGCGUCCCAGCGGCCCUACAAGCGCGCGCUCGUGAAUCUCGCGGUUUGCUCCGGGCUCCUUCGUUUCCAGCUCGAGAGCCACGACGACCUCGACGCCGCGGGCGUGGACCUGAUUAUGAAGCUCCUGCAGGAGAACAAGGUCGACGAAAUCCCGCCGCCGACCGCCUUCGGUCUCGUCCACAUCCUCGGCGUCCAAGACCGCUCGACGCCGCUCGAGUACCUCUACUGCCUGCUCCGGCCCAUCGCGGACAAGUUGCACGACAUGCGCGCGGGCGUCGUCUUCGAGGCGAGCCGGAAGAACCCGCGGCGCGGCGAGAACUCGUGCCUGUUCCCCGUGCGCGUCGACGAGCACGGCCUCGGCCGGUACCUCCGCGACGCGCGGCUCCUCCGCUUCGACGUCGUCGCGCACGGCCGCGUCGUCGGCGCGCUCAAGGUGCCCCUCACGAAGGCGCCCCUGGGCCGCGUGCCCGGCGACGGCGAGCUGGGCCUCGUCGACGCGCGCUUCUCCGCCGUGUCGAACCCGCCGAAGACGACGAGCCGUUCGGCGGCGCCGCGCAAGGUGCUCGGCUCCGCGCGCGUGCGCCUCGUCGUCCGCAUGCGGUCCAAGAGCCGCGUGCGGUCGGCGCUGAAGCCCCGGGGCGCCCUCGUGGGCUCCUUCGACGGGCCCGCGGCCGCGGCCGCGGGGCCGCCGCGCGAAACCGCCGCGAGGAAGCCCGCCGCGCUCGCGUCGACGAUCCCCAAGGUCGGCCUCAAGUCCAAGUUCUACAAGGACCCGGAGGCGACGGGCGUCGCCCUGCCCGUCGGCACGGCGGGCACGCUCGGCGCCGCGAAGCGCCGGAAAAAGCCGCCGCUCGCCGCGACGUACCGACAGCCAAAACCGACGGCGAACCCCUGGGGCCCCGGGUCGGACGACGACGAGGAGCCGGACGCGGCGGCGGCGACGGCGGAAGUCGCGCCGCCCGUCGAUGAAGUGGAGCGCUUCGUCGAGGGCGACAUGACCGCGCCGCCGCCGCGCGAGGCG